AUGCGCGCCCAAGUCUUCGCCGCCAUCGUGCUGCUGCAGCUUCAGAACUGCGCAGCCGCGCCAACAAACGCCGACACGCAGGUGAAUUAUCAGCAUGCUGGCGAGUCUAACACCCAUGGAGAGCUCGGCGGAGCGGGGAAAGCCAGUUGGCAGGGCCACCAAGCCCCCCAGCAGAGGUCGUCCACCCUGGAGGUGCCUGGCAUAAGCGAGCAGGCAAAGGGGAUGCCAGACGAGAUGGUAUUCCCCGGGCAUACCCAGGAGCUAUCUCAUUCAAAUAGCGGCCGUGAUCUUCCCGUGUCAGAGCUGAUUGGACCGGUACCGGUACCGGAGCUAGAGGGCAAUCACCUGAUCGCCAAGCGAUGCAUGACUGAGGCUCAGAUCGAGGCCUUCCAGGCGUCAUGGUCGCCGUCUGCAGGAAGAGGUCCAGAGCUUGUUCAAUGCUCCGACAGCACUGUUUUGAAGAGGACACCUCUGUCCUCGUCCGAGUUCAAGAACAUGCUUUCAGGGAGCCACAAGACGGCCGGGGGUUUCGCGCCUUCUGCCAAUGGCCCCAGUGAGGGAGAGCAGCACGCUGGUGGUGCGAUGAAGGCCCCUUCUGCGUAA